UUCAUGAUUUAAAUCCUUAAAAUCUUUUAAAAUCUUAUAAUUUUACGAUUCAAAUCGUUGGGUCAAUUUUACUUAUCUUCCCCAGAAUUUGCAAAAUUACGCCUCUUUCUCUUCUCUUCCACCAACAUCAUCUAGUUCUCUCACACUAACCACCAUCGACUAUAAUCAAUCACAUCAACGUAUUAAUCACCAUCGAUUCACCACCUCUUAACAUUAACCUUGAUAAAUUGAUACAUUAACCUUGAAAAAUUAUCAUUGUAAGUGUUAUGUGAUUUUGUGUUAUUCAUGAUUUUCCUUACUAAUAUUAUUCCAUUUUCAUAUUUACAUGUAAAAAAUUGCGAAGUGGCAUAGGAAAAGUUACCAAACUUCUGUUACAAUUGUGGCAUACUUGGUCACUUAAAACGUGAUUGUAAGGAAGAAAUUCUCCCAGAAGAGGAGACACAGUAUGGAAAUUGGUUAAGAGCAUUGUCGCCGGUGAAGAAAGGGAGGCCCAAGAGUAAGGCAGAGGCCACAAAAAUGGAAAUGCUGUGGUCGGAGGCAAAGCAGAGGAAAUCCGGUGAGAACUCCGACAAAGGUAUAGUGGAUCAGGGAAAUUCUCAGAUGAUGGUUCGUAUUCCAGCAGUUUCUUCUCGAAAAAAACUAUUUGAUUUUAUUAAAGUAGUGUCCGAGGCACAUAAUGUGAUAUGCGGGAAAAACGAAGGAAGAAAGGUGAACGGGGAAGUUGAUGGGGAAUAGGGUGUGGGACACGAGGAGAAAGGCGGUAAGGAAAAAGAGGAAGACUAAACGGCGGGAGACUGCUCUAGUUUGAACAGCAAAGUAAGGGAGGAAGAACCACUAAACAAAAACUUCUCGGGCUUGGCUAUGGGCCCAAGUGGGUUACGAAAAAACAAAGUGAAGGAGAGAGGCCCAAUGAAGUUGCUGAAAGAGGCCAUGGGAAAACGAAAGUGGCUGGUAAGAUCUGGGUUAGACUUAAGAAAGAAGUAAAGACCCAAGAAGGCAACAACCCAAAAGUAGUUACAAGAGAAAAGAGAAGGAACAAGGAUGAUAUGGAUAUUGACAUAAACGAUUAAGGAAUGAUGAUGAAGCGUAGAGAUGUCAAAAGGAACAAAAGCAAUGCUCUCUCAAACCCAGAAGAACCAGAGGCGGACCCUGCCGAGUUGCAGGGCCUCCUAUCACAAUGAAACUCUUAAGUCUCAACUGCCAGGGGUUGGGGAAUCCCGUGGCAGUUUCUUCUUUUGAAUCUGUUAUUCGAUUCCACAAACCCCAAGUGGUCUUCUUAAUGGAGACAAAGUUGUCGAAUGAUAAAUGGGAGAAAACAAGGUAUGAGCUGGGUUUCGAAGAUGGUGAUGGGGUUCCAGCAGAUGGUAAUACUGGGGGACUCUGCCUAUUCUGGAAAAAGGAGGUGAAGAUAAAGGUUAAGAUUAGCGACAAAAACCAUAUGGAUGUGAAAAGAAAGGAAGCGGAUGGUGACUCGAAAUGGAGGUUCAUAGGAGUUUAUGGGUGUCCAGAAAAGGAGAACCACCAUCUCACUUGGGAUCUAAUUAGAAAUCUUCAUUGUGGGAACGACGAAUCUUGGUUAUGCGCUGGUGAUUUCAACCAAAUCAGUUCAAAUGCAGAGAAAGUAGGGGGAAGACUAGUUCAGGAACAGAAACUCAUAGGCUUUAAUAAUGCCUUAUCUGACAGUGGACUCAUGGACUUGAGCUUUCGUGGCUACCCCUUUACUUGGGAGAAAAAGCGAGAUGUUCUGGGCCUCAUAGAAGAACACUUGGACAGGGAAGUUGCAAAUAAAAAAUGAAUGUAUAAGUUCCCUGAGGCUAUGGUUAUUCAUCUAGAUGAGGUGGUUUCAGAUCAUCUACCAAUUUUGAUAGACUAUGAAGGAGAAAAUGAGGAAGAAAUCUGGUGGGGGAAAAGCUUCAGAUUUGAAUCUUUUUGGGCAAAAGAUGAAGAAAGCAGUAUCAUAGUGAGUGAAACUUGGGAAGCAGCAGGAGUUGACGAUCUGGAAGAAGGCUUGAAGCAAUGAGAAUUACACCUCGCAAAAGUAUCAGGGAGAUGAAGAUGCAAGUCAGGGAUACAACUUGGCAUUCUAGGAAAAGGAAACUCGAGAUUGAGUUGCAGGAAUUACUUAAUAUAAAUGAGCAAAGAUG